GGGAGUGUCCUGAGGUUGCACAGAGAGACAGCAUCAGUCUACUCCUCAGCACAAUUACCAGUAUAUUCCCAACCCCAGUAUUAACCAGCAGCGAGCGCAGCUCCCGGGCAGGAGAGAGACAUGGCGGAUGCAAUGAGGACCAAGCUGACCCAAUACAGGCCGGGCUCACUCCUGGCUCUGGCCAAUACUCGCGGCUUCCAGCGAGUCCCCCUGCAGCUCUUUGGCUUCUAUGGCCACGGCAAGACCUCCCUGAUCAACCUGUGCCUGAAUUCUGUCCAAACCAAACAGUACGAGGACCUUGCUGGGCUGGGAUAUUCUGAUGGUACUGUGAUCCGUGAGAGACGGGAAUAUCAACUCAUCAACAAUCUGUUUAUUUAUGAUAACCGAGGAUUCAACAGCAUGGACCCUGAGGAGAUCUCCGAGGCUUCUGCUCAGCUCAGGGGCCUGCGGCUGGUGGAUGAAGAGGUUAAAUGGGAUCGGACUAUAGAAGAAAAGAUGGAGCUUCUGUUGCAGAAAAAUAACAGCCCCCCGGUGGAGCUUAUGGUUCCAGUGCUGGUGUUCAGGGGAGCGAAGGAGCUGACGGCAGAGCAAUCAGAGAAGAUGAAAGUAUUUGUACUGCGCUGCUUUGAUAUAACAGGGAUGUUCCCCCUCGUUGUGCUGAUGGAGUCAGGGGAGAUCCAGGAGAAGAUCAGCAAAAGCUUCCACUUGUUGGGAGUGCGCUACGUCAUUGCUCUGCAGAAGUUCAAGGUGGAGGAGCCGCAGCUGGACGCCGAGACUGAAGCCGAAAUCCUGAGAUUUCUCAACCUCUGCACCAACGAGGCCGACAGGGGCAUGAAGAAGCUGCAGAGGGUGGGCAAGGAGGAGGAAUGCAGGAGGCAUAUUCGGGAGCAGAUGGUGGUGGAGCUGGAACUGGAGAGGGAGAAGGUGCGGAAGAGGACAAAGGUGGAGAUACAGAGUGUCAAGUGAAUUGUAUGACUAAUACACCCAAUUGAAUACUUCCCAACAUUUUGGAACAUAUAUCUGUGCUUUUUUCUUUCCAGUUUUGCUAAUGGAGAUGAAUUGCUGUGAGUUUCACUUCUCCCAAGGGACCUGUUAUCUUAUAUUGUUACAAUUACUUAUUUGCUCAUCUCAAAAUUGUUACAAAAGUAUAUUAUCUGCAGCUGUGGC